GAGUUGGUCAAGGAUGUGAAGUAUACUUCAUGGAAUGUAUAAUGUAACAAUAAUAUUUUCUACAGGAGUACGGAGGGUAUUAAACAGGUCUGCUAGAAAAGAAUCUAAAAGCAAGACGACAGGAUGGAGAGCAUAUUCUUUACAAUUGAUAUAAGAAAGGAACCUUCCAAUACAACAACCAAGUAUGCUUGUGGAAGAGCAACGCAAUUAAAUUAGCCGACAUUACUGAAAUUAAGGAGAUGAAGCCAAUGGAAUUCGGUCUCAUUGAGUCCACUUUGAAGGAGACGUCACCUUGGGAGCUUAAUGUAUACUCGGAGGACGAGAGACAGCAAUGGAAAGAAGCGCUGACUAAGCCGCCCGGUCAAAAACCUAAAAGUCAAAUUAUCGCUGUAUGUGACAGUGAUACAGAAGAGUAUAUGUAUAUGACUAUACCAACCUACCGAGAGGAUUAUGGGCAAACAACAUGUGUACGAGAGGAAAGGGGUCUGAGGGAUUCACAAAGCAUAUCUCCUGACCAGAAAAGUGCUUCAUCAUCAUACAGUACCCAUCAUGAACUGGAGUUUACUUCGCCUUCACAAGUGAAGCCUAAGGCAACUACACAACUUGAAACUUGCACACCACACGACAGAUCUGAAGAAAAACCAUACCAAAAUAUUUCGAGAUUCGAGUCAAGGUCAGUGAAAAACACAUCAAAUACGCCUCAGUCGCACUUGACAAUACCACGGUCACCUUCGGAUCCAGCAGAUUUAGCACAUUCUCGAGUGACUCCAAUUAGACCCAGAACAGCAAAUCUUAAGGCUACAUAUGCACCAGUCAAAACGGAUCCUCUUCCACCUCUUCCAAAAGAUGAUUCUACCUUUUCUCGCUCCCCCAUUCAGUUUAGAGCAUCCAACUCGGAGAGAGCCCCUGUUUCAGUUCCAGAAGAUGCCAUCUAUGAUGUCAUCCGCACCCCACUAAGUAGGGUACCAGUACAGAAAUCGUGGCCCCCAACACAACAAGCGACUUCAACAGUAGAGGCCCGUUCACCGUCCCUUCAACACGAUAAUUGCUUUCAUGGCGAAAAGUCCCACUUAUUAGGUGCUGAAGAAAAAACCAGGUCUGAUAAUCUAAUGCCUUCCCCUCGGACAAGAAGAAAUGUUUCACCUCCUUCAGAAAAUGAGAAUAAAUACCAUGCUACAGCUUAUUCACCUGCCCCACCCAGGGCACCAAAAAUGCCUACACAGCCAAUACCUGUCGGUAUGAGGACCCCCUCAUCUAGAAAACCAAGAUCAGUAUCGGAGAGUGAUUUGCCCCAAGAAGAUCUUGGCUCUCCAGUGAAAAAUGGUCCAAUACCUUCACCCAGAAUGGCAAGGCCUCCAUUCCAAACCAAACCAGAAAUACCAGUACCCAAUAUGAAGUCAGCAUCGGCAUCAGCAGCAAGUACAUCCCAAGACAGCGUCGAUGAAAUUCCAUUACAACUAACAGUUCCAUUAGGUGACGAAAGCACUAAUGAAUCCUCAGAGGAAGACAUUUAUGUACUACCAGAGGGAUACCAAAUUCAAUAUCAGGAACAAAAUAUUGCACCAACUGUAACUGUUACAACACCCCCUGAUAUGCCAAGUGAUACUAAUAAAGCCGUGGAUACAGAAAUAGCCAAAGGAAAAGGUAACAGUCAUAGCACUAAAUCUUCACAAACAGCAGAGCAUUUUGUAAAAAUAACAUGCUCAUCAUUAGAGGAUCUUCUAAAGAGAAGCCUGUCCAUAAACCCUUCAACACUUACAGCAGUCACUAGAAUUGGCAAAGGUCAAUAUGGAGAAGUAUAUAAGGCUCAAAUGAACUCAAACAUAGUUGCUGUUAAGAGGUACUUGACCGAAGAAACAAUGGAUAAGUUUGAAAAUGAAAUAACAAUCAUGAGCCAAGUUUGUCAUCAUAAUGUCAUAAGACUAUAUGGAAUUUAUACAGAAGGUGACUUCUCACCUGGUCUGGUGAUGGAGUUUUUAUCCAAUGGAGACUUAAAAACAUAUUUACAGAAAGAAAAGCAAUCUCAUGAGUUUUUAAUGAGAUGUAUGAAGGAUGUAGCAAUGGGAAUGCAUUACCUCUGUGAGAGAGGAUUGGUCCAUCGGGACCUGGCAGCACGAAAUGUUUUGCUUGAUGAGGACAAGAUUUGCAAAGUUUCCGACUUUGGACUGCUGCGAGAGUUCGAGAGUAAAGUGUAUCUAGUAGAUCAUCACAAAGCAUUCGCCGUUCACCAAUACGGUGGAUGGCACCCGAGAGCUAUACCGAUAACAUCUUCUCACUGCACUGUGUUUGAGAGAGUUUCGGAAUAGUGCAGUGGGAAAUGUUCUUCCCUGACAAACAACCCUACUAUGACAUGGAUAUCAUGCAAAUAGCCUCAAAAGUUUGCAGUGGCUAUCAAAUGCCUAUCCCUAGAGGGUGUCCAACGCUUGUAGCAC